CCUCAGCAGAUCCCAGCUCUGCUCAGUCCGUCCAGACCAGCGGCUGGGUUGAAUGCUGGGGACCAGGCGGCGACGCAGCGACGCAUUUGGCAGUGAUGGCCUCCGCUGUGCAGUUGUGCCGGUAAUCCUGCCGGUGUGUGUAAGGAAGAAGCAGAGACACCUUGAGAAGCAACCUAACGGCAGAGAGGUGGAGAGACACCAGCACCAGCAGAAACAAAUGCCACAAUGUACAGCGUGGAGGACCUCCUCAUCUCACAUGGAUACAAACUGCCCAGACAUACUGCCUCCUCCACCCCUACGCCUGUCCCCACAUCCUCAUCCCGUCAGCCGCCCUCAUCCUCGCCGCCAUCCUACAGCAAGCACCAUGAAAUCCUGGAGAACAGGACGGGCUCCCGGACAGUAAACGGCUACGAAAGGGGGCCCGCGGUGGCUAUGGGGAACAUCGGCGGAGCAAGACAGCCCCAGGUCUAUGUCGGCGGCUGCCCCAACAACAACAAUGACCCCAGGGAGGGGGGCCAGCCAAAACGGGAGGGUGAGAAUCGGGGCCAAAAUGACACCCACUCCUUGGGAGAGUCGCUGACCUCAGACAGCGGGUUUUGCGACGGCAACAGAGGCCCGCAGCCACAAUCCAAGGAUGUUUCUUACUGGAGAAGGAGAGGCCAGGACUUCAGUGUGCUGUUGGACUACGCUGACAUCAGGGAACCCCAUGCAAAGGGACAGGGAGGGUACAACAGGCCAGAAGGGCCUCAACAGGCCAGAGGUCAGGAGCUCUCUGUUGAGGAACGUCAGAGAGCAGCUCAGGAAAGGCAGCGCUGGGCAGCCCAGGCCCAAGCGCAGGCCCUGGCCCAGGCACAGGGCCGCUCUAGAGAAAAGGAGGCGGCUCUCCAGCAAUGGAGGAUGGCAACUGAGAGGAAAUGCCAGAGUCUGGGGACAGAGGAGUGGCAUCCAGCUGUGAGCUUCAGCCGCCAGAUGUCUCAGAGCGAGGGGGAGCGUUGGGCAAAAGCGCAGCAGCGGCUCCAUGCCAGAACACCAGAGGGCAUAGUAGUCCACCCGAGGACCAAAGCUAAGUCCCAGUCCCUACCCAGGAUGUUACAACCUGAGAGCCUGCAGUACGUGGACACAGCAUUGUCUGGUCAAGAAAUGUACCGGCGCUUCAACGGCCACCCACUGUCCCAGCAGGACUUUUAUCGCGCACCUCGCUGGCCGGAAAAUGGGAGACCAGCUAGUGCCAACCAGCUCUCAAUCACACCAAAGGCCCGCUUCACCCGACCCCCCAGACCUCCUUCUUAUGAGAUGCACCAGCAGAUCAGGGGAAGCUGUGAGGUGCUGUCCGGCAGAGAAUCAGUGACGCCGCAGGCAAGGGACAGAACUCCCAUUCCCACAUCAAGAACUAAAGACCCUCAGCUGGACUAUUUUGCACAGGACUCUGGGCCCCCGGGAUAUAUCCCUCCUCCGUCAUAUAAAAGAGCUCCGUUAAUGGGAGGGGCGUUCCGAGGAUAUGGUGAUGUUCCUUUUGAGUACAGGUAUAGAGGAGAUAUGUAUCCACAGAUACAAGUGGCUCCUGAUGGAUCUCAUUGGUUCAUCAGACACCCAGUUUGUUCCUGGCAAGAUCCGCACAGAGAGAGAAGUGCGUCCAGCCAGAAGCAGCUUUACCCUGUGUAUUCAACCCAGGAGCGUUCAGGGGGAGGAGUUCAGUAUAUCUCCUUCGAUGAUCCUCGCAUCCGUCAUAUUUCCUCAGCCCUGGGUGGGAACUCCCUGACAGAUGCCGACAAAAUCCGCCACAUCCGGAAUGAGCUUCCCAGCGUCACCGUGUCGGAGCCUGCACCCGACGACAGUGCCUUUCUGCCCCCGCCACUGGGGCCUUUUAUCUCUACCAAACUGGCAGACGAAAACAACCAGGCGUCUUCUAGCAACUUGGACAAUGAAAAUAAAAGGUGGCGAAGCGAUUUGCACAAAGAGACAAUAAGUAACUUCCGAGCACCUGACCAAAACUGCAACAAUAGACAUCUCAAAACUCUACCAUCUCCUUCAUCCCCCUCUUCAGCUUUCCACCCCCCAUUAUCAAGGACCUUUUCUCGUCAGGGGUCCAGUUCGGACCAGGUCUUUGCAGAGACCAUCACACAAGUCAAGACAAUUGUACCGGAGUCUGGACAAGAAAUCCACAGGAACACCAAGAGAAGAGUGAGCGAAACCAUCUUCUGCCUCGUGAGCGUCCCAGUUCACACACCGACAAACAUUAGCAAAGGUUUAGCAGCCGAUCAGAAUAACAAUGAGGCAAUGCCAAACCUGACCGUUAUGAACACUGACACUUUUGCUGUAGGUCUCAAAGAAAGCCCCAACAUCCGUAGCAAGUCUGUAAAUGAGAUUCCUAUCAAAUCACGCUACCCUCAGUAUCACACCACCAGCACAUCCUCAAUGAGGAAUUACAAGAGAGCUCCUUUAAGAAAGGAGGUCAUAGACGCCUGGGUACUCCAAGCAAAUGAAGAUAAAGAGCUAGGCUAUAGUGGGUCUUGGCCUGGAAACCAAUACCGUAAUCAGGAAACUCAAACAGGUUCGCCUGUGACAGGUUUUAAAAGUCCAGAAGCCCAAAGCCCUACCAGUACCCAGGACGCUCUUCAGCCAGCCUCAGAUCCAAGCAUGGAUGUUGAUCCUGCCAUGGAUGUUGAUCCUGCGUCCCCUUAUGGCUACCCAAUGACAGGUCAAAAAAACCUUCAUCCCUCCAGGAACAGCGCCUUCUCUCGUCUCAGCCUGAGUCCAACAGAAACAAAGUCCCUUCAGCACACACAGCAGGACCCACCCUCCCCUACCAAGACACAAAAUCAGGGAGAACAUCAGUCAUCUCCAAAGAAGACCAGUCCACCAGAAAGCGAGGAACAUCUGGUUUUUGGUCAGUUUCUCUUAAAGCCAGUGAACCGACGACCCUGUGAUGCAAUUGGUGAAUUGGAGACUAUUAACAAAGAGAUGGAAGAUACAAUAAGCAAGAGGCCAAAUGUGAGUCGAUUUAAAAAUGAUCUUGACAGUAUUGAUGACAAACUCGUUUGGUUUAAACCAGGAGCACAUUUCACUGGUGGUCCAGAACCUGGCCGAGAAGCCAUUAGUCUUCCAACAGUGCACAUAGAAAAGCCCAACCACAUUAAAAAGAGAUCAAAGUCCUUUGCUUCUAGUGCUGACCUAGAAUCCGGAGAAAUGAGUAAAGCAUUCUCCAAGUCGCUGGCCAAUAACAUACCACUAACAAGUAAGCGUUCGCUGCUUCUCAACCCAGAGUGCAGCAGCAACUGUCUCUUGUCCUUUGUUCCCCCUCACGAGUCAAACCAUCUCUACAGGCAGGACAUCCCAGUGCCCCAAGAGUCUUUGUUGAGGGAUGUGGGACUCACUGUCUACACAGAAACUCCUGGUGGUCCCGGAGAGCCAAUGCAGCGCUCACUCUCAGUCCCAUCUCCGCUCAGUCACAAAGAUCAUAGUCAGUCAGUGCCAACACUCAUGAAAACUAGUGGCAGCUUUGAGCACAAUUCAAAAGAAGAACUUGAUCCUGAGUUGCAAGGACGCGCUAAACCAGACCUCUCACCAUCCAGGGGUGAGGCAAAAAGCUGUGUAACGGAGAGGGAAAGUUGCUUAUCCCCUAAGAAAGGCAAUUUGCCACAUGUUACAAGACGGACAAUGGAGGUCUCUUACGUGUUCGCAGAUGAUGAUGGUGAUGAAAGGUGUGGACUCUCUGAACCUUUGACCUAUAAAAAUGACUCAACAGCAACAGAUAAGCACUUAGAGACCCUACUUAUUCAGGAAAAAGCUAAUACUUUGCCUGCGGAGGACCUCAGCAACCUCUACGAGGUCAAAUGUGCAAAAGGAAUCCCUGAAAAUGAAUCUAUCCAGGAGAGGGCUGCGCGGAUCUUGGGUAUUGCUGUUCCAGUAGAGGCUUUACGUGUUGCAGACAAACAGUCUGACGAUGACGAGCCUGACAUGGACACUGUUUUGGUUGAGCAACAGCUGAGUCCAGAAGAAGAAACAGAGCAUGUGACAAGAAAGUAUGCGCAAGUCAAAGAGGAAUCUCUGAUAGUCCAGAGAACAGAUAUGGAAGUUAUCGAGGCGUCAGAGUCCGGUGUGGUGCAAGGGGACGAAGACAGACUAAAGCACAGCAAUGACCAUAGUGACGACCUACAGAACCAGUACACAGAAACUACAUCAGUACUAGACCUUCCCGAGUUCCCACCAAGUAAGCUUCCCCUGUCCCUUCCAGUCACCCCUAAUGAGACCUUAUCAAUUAGCAUAUGUAGUGGGGAGAAAAAAGGACGAGGCGGAACGUGCAAACUUAUUGAGUCUCUGCAAGACAAGCUGAACUGUUCUGCUGCUUCAUCUGCUGCAGCUUCAACCGGGUCCACUACAGAUAGAACGGCCCGUCUUAAAGAACUCAACUCUGUGUCUAGAAUAAGACGCCUUAGCCUGAAAAGUCCUGAGUCUGUAGAGGAAUCUCAGUCUAUAGGUAGCGAAGGCCUACCAAUAGAGGUUUGUAAGGAGACGAGGCAGAAUGUUGCUCACCGAGGCCUUGAAGAGGAGGAGCUGGAAGAGAAUAGAAAAAGAAGUCACGAAGGAGAUAACCAGGAUGGACAUGUCGACUUGGAAGAUCUUGAAGAACCAAAAGAAGCAGUUGAUAAGGACAGUAGGGAGGAAAAAAGGCCUGAGGAGGAGGUACACGAGAUGGCCGGGGAAAGUGGACAAACAGCAAGCAGUGAGCUGAGUGAAGAAGAACAUUUCAAACCAGAAACUGACGAGAGCGAGACGGAACUGAGAAUUGUAGAAGAUCCUGAAAACACCUCAGAGAAUGUAAAAGAAGAGCACAACCCUGCAUCAGUUUGUAGAGCUGAGACCACUCAACAUGCAGAGGGAAGGAAGUUACCAAUACCAAAGCAGCGCACCAAGCUUCAGAAGCCUCCUCUACUUCCUAAACCUCGCAGUGUUCCCAAGAGAGAAAUAACUCUGCCGCUGAGCUUCAGCACCGGGACAUGUGGCACCUCCGAUGUGGAGGAUGAAGAAAUGCUCUCUGUCUCAGACGCAUACGACCCCAGUCGAGUAGAGCGGGUGUGACCUCCGACCACUGCCUUCACCACUGUGGAACUCCGUCUUUCUCCCGUUAACAGCUUUUUCCACCAACAAAGACUUCCAUCUCCUCUCCUGGCUCAGUCUGCCCCCUCCCCUCCUCCAACGUCUCCCAGAACUGACCGUCCCGGUGCUGCGAGUACAUUUUUACAGCUAAUAAAAGCUACAGCAGGGUGCUGGUUCUUUAGGUCAUCUUACCUGCCCCCCCAACCCCCGUUGUCUUUGCCUCUGAACUCGUUAAUCUCCUCAUGCAAGCGGUUUUCCUCCUGUCAGAAGUUGUCUUUUGGUUUGGAAGAAUGUGUGUCAUUAUUCCCGUCUGUGCGUCUCGGGAACUUCCGUGUCGAAACCUGAAUGUAAGAGCGCUUCUUGUUAAUCGAGCGAUCAAAAGAAAUGUAACAGAAAAAUAAAAAAAACUCAAGGUGACAGUAUUGCAUUACAAUCAGUAUUAACCUACACCAAAUGUAAAUAAAAGAGUUAUAAGAUUUUAUUAAGGUUAUAAAAAAAAAAUCAAUCUAAGACAAUAAAUUGAAAUGUAUAUUUUCUUAUGGGUGUUGAGAGAUUAGAUUUGUUUUACAAAGUGUAAUCCUUAUGUGUAUGAGCAGUGAUGAAACUCCUAACCUUUUUUCUCCUAUACCUGUGUGAUAGAGAAUGUACUAAAAGAGUUCGGAUUUCAAAGAGAAACACUGUGGUCCUUGAAUAGUUUCACUCAAGAGCAAUAUAGUUGUCACAUGCAGGGCGUCUGUGACAUGAUUCCAGUAGUAAGUCUAUUUCAAGGCGCUAAUCUCAUUUGCUUUGAAGCUAUACCUUUAGGUACAAGUGUUAGAUUUGCACUGCAGAGAUUAUUGGCUCGAUGUUAUUCCCAAACACCUGGUAAUCUCCUCACACACUCGGAGAUUACGCUCAGAGCGAUCCUCUGCGCGCUCCCAGUAUCAGCAGCCACGCGGUGUGUCAGGAAGUGUCUUUAGUUAAACCGCGCACUGUUCCAGAAAUCCUCCCAUACGUGUUGUGUGGCAAUCAAACGUUCUGCUGAGAAGUUUACAUCCAUGUCAGCUUAACCUUUUGGGCUUUUAAGGAUUUAUUUAAACCACCUUUCCCCCAGGGUGGAAUGGUUUUAUGAUAAACAACAUCAAAGAUUAGAAAUAAUUAGAAAUUUUGAAUUAUUUUUGGACUAAAGGGUCAAAUUAUAUUUGCACAGCCUGAAAUUUACCUAGAUACCCCCUCUAAUAUUUGGUUAAAUCUGCCUUAGCAUGCUGGACCUCAAGCCCACACUUGGUAUGGUCAACAGAAUGAUUCUGGUGUAAUUCUGGUUGACGUUCUAAAUGUUUCCUCUUAUCGGAAAUGGUUAAGCUUUUUCCCAUAAAGGUCAGGGCUUUGGGAAGGCUACCCCCUUCACCCCCUCCAGAACCAGUGGUGGUUUGUUGAGACCAUAGUCCUUUUUUUAAUGGUGUACUCGUUGAUUUGAGGUACAUUCGAGGAGUCUGAAGGUAUCGUUCCCUCCUUGUUAUUCCAUCCUCUCUGUGUAAUGCACCAGUCCAAUGCCCCUUGCAGCAGAGCGGCCCCAUAGUGUGAUGCUGCCUCUGCCAAUGCUUAAAAGAUGGUUCAGUGUUUUUAGGCUUAAAAACCUUGACUCCGCCAAGCAUACACUUCUUAUCAUUCUCACUAAAUAGUUGAGCUUUUGUCAUGUUUGACCAUAAAAUGUUUCUCCAGAAGAAAUUUUGGUUUGUUCACAAAAAAAAAACUUCUUUAAAGGUGUCCGUUUGUAGAUUGAAAUAAUUCUUGUUUGGCACCCUCUCCAUCAGAGGCAUGGGGAAACUCAUGUAGCCAUGAACAGGGACAGCAAUGUCUGGUUUAUGGCAAGUUUGAGUCUUGGUGGAUUCAGGGUGGUUUCUGACCAUCCUAAACAGUUCCCAUUCAUGUGAAGGGGAAGUUUAGGUCUUCUUUAUAACCACAUAUGAAUACCUUACACACAACUUGAACACAGCUGUUUGAAGAAAUUAACUCAGAAUCUCCGGUUCUGUUUAAAUGACUCCAAAAGGACAUUCCCCUGCUGUGUACAUUUACAAUUCUCUAGAUGUUCCCUUUAACGUUCCCAUUGUUCUCGGUUGGGCUGUCGAGUGCUGCCAAACAAAGAGCCCAGAACUUUUAGCACCACUUAUUCAAGGAUUUAGCUAAACGUGUGCAAAUAUUCCAACCCUGUGUGAAUAAGAGGAAAUCCACAAAAAUCUAAACCUAUGCACCCUAUUUUCUUGUUUUUUUUUUUUGUUUGUUUUUUUAAAAGGCAUCAAACUUGUGUGUUGCAUAAAUAUUCCACUGUGGUAAAAUAUUGCUUCCAGCAAAUCAUUAAAAGCCCAAAAGGUGCUGUGACAUUCAAGCCCAUGAUGGGUUUAUGCAAACUUCUGACUGGAACUGUUGAGGUUUCUUCGUCAGUUUGUGUCCUCCCUGCAGGAAAACAUAGAUGUAGCGUUACAGAUCGCAGUGUGCCUUGGACACACUGUCUCUGUGCAGAUCUUCAUCUGUGUGUGUGGCCCGGUCCGGUUUGCAGUUUCAACCGGACAGCAGCAGCAGCAGCAGCUUCAUUUCACAUGAGCAGAUAAACAUAUGAAACUGUUUAGGCAAUAAUAGUAUUAAGCUAAAGACGCUUAGUAAUGAUGCUGUACAGAACAUUGCUGUUGGAAACCUAGUCUCAGUAUUUGAGUGUGUUUAAUUAGUUCAUGCUGACAUAUCAGUAUUGUAAAAGUUGCGGGUAGAACUGGCAGUUGGUUAGCAAUAGAAAAAAAAAAAAUUGACAAACAUGCCAAACCAAACUUUAUGCUAUGCAUUGGACUUUUUUUUUUUUUUUAACCAGCAAAGUUCAAAGCUAAAAUGCUAUUAUUCACUUUGCUUGUGCAACCAUAUCAGUGUGUGGUCCAGCUGUAUUUGAACGGUGUGGUGAAACCUGUUUGAACCGGAGGAAGGCCUGCAUGGACGCAGCUCUAUCGAGGGUUCACAACGAGGUCCGGUCUUUUGUCCAGUCUCCAGCUCAGUAUUCCUGCACCUCUGUUCUCCAGUGUUAUCUGGUUCAUCCUUGUAGCUCUUUUUUGUAACACAACGUCUUUGUAACAUAAUCUAGACAACUGGUGCACAUCUUGCUUUGAUAUUUUCUAUUUUCAUACAGAAGUAUGUACAGUUUUUUUUUCUUCUUUUUUUUGUAAGUGCCGCAUCUUUCCCACUUCCAUUUUUAUUUUGGUGCAUGUAAUACGUAAAAGAAGCCACAGAGAGGGUGUAUUUGAAUAUAAUAAUUGCAUUUGGUACAAUAUAGUCUAUCCAGUAAACAACUGUUAUAUUUCAUACAAUGUAUAUUUUAUUUUACAAAUGUUAAGCUACAUAUUUAAAGCAGAACAAGGUAUUUUUAGAUUAUUGUGAAGACGGAGGUGUUUUUGAAGGCACAGUAUUUGUCCAUACUUGGUAUGAUUAUUAAGACUGAUCAGAAAUCGAGACAAAUCUGUGCUGUUGUACCCGUGCUGCAGACUGUUCAUAAAUAAAAGUCUUUGCAUGAAUUA